AUGUGGAGAAGAUAUGGCAGGCGGUUUUAUGAUCCGGAACAGUGGUCCAUGGGUGGCCGGAACCUUGCGGAACAAGCCGAAGACGAUAAUUUUGUUGUGAAAAGUGUCGGCUCGGACCCUCUUGGACGUAAAGAGUUUGUCGUCAGAGAUCGAUAUCGAGUCUACAAAAACUAUCUUUUUUUCAUUCUCUGGAUACUGACAAUGCUUUCAAGCUGGGUUAGGUGA